ACAAUGGAGAGAUUCUUCGUGAGCGGCCAGUGAUGCGCCGAACGUGGUGAGCAGUGGUCCUAACCAAAGUCUCUGCCGGUUUGCAUUUCAGCCUGCCCUUGUCAUCUUUCCCAGAUCGAAUUUCUUUGAUUUCUAUCGCGACCAUGAUUCAUCUAACCGAUUGAUUAAAACCACCCAUUAGUCGGUCAAAGGCGUUUUUUUCCUGGAUACACACACGAAAAACCAAACAAGGAGGCCUGUUGUUCCACUCGUUGAAUUUUGGUUUUGUUUAGACGUCAAGUGUUUCAAACGAAGAUGUUGGUCCCUUCGGAUAUGAUGGCGGCCCAGUCAAAAAUGCUGUACCAGUUGAACAAGUAUUACGGCGAACGGGUUCAAACGCGCAAAGGUCAGAUCGCGAAAACGUUGCGCGAGGUGUGCAAAGUGGUGCAAGACGUGCUCAAAGAAGUGGAGGUCCAGGAGCCGAGAUUCAUCUCGUCUUUGGCCGAGUGCAACGGCCGAUUCGAGGGCCUCGAAGUCGUUUCACCGGGCGAAUUCGAAGUCGUCCUCUAUCUCAAUCAAAUGGGCGUCUUCAAUUUCGUGGACGACGGCACUCUGCCCGGCUGCGCCGUCCUCAAAUUGAGCGACGGAAGGAAGAGAUCCAUGUCGUUAUGGGUGGAAUUCAUCACCGCUUCCGGAUACUUGUCGGCCAGAAAGAUCCGGUCGCGGUUCCAGACGCUGGUGGCGCAGGCCUGCGACAAGUCGGCCUACCGCGACAUCGUCAAAAUGGUGGCCGACACGACCGAAGUCAAACUGCGGAUUCGCGAGCGCUUCGUCGUGCAAAUCACGCCCGCCUUCAAAUGUUCGGGAGUGUGGCCCAGAUCGGCGGCUCACUGGCCUAUUCCGCACAUGCCGUGGCCUCAUCCAGGCCUCGUGGCCGACGUCAAAACCGAAGGAUUCGACCUGCUGUCCAAAGAGACGCCGGCAAUGACUGGCAAACAAUCGGCCAUGGAAGGCGACGCCUGGGUCCUCAGUUUCAUCGAAGCCGAGAAUCGACUCUUGGUCGGCGGAUGCCGCCGUAAAUGUCUCAGCAUUCUAAAGACGCUCAGAGACAGGCAUCUCGACAUCCCAGCCAACCCAGUCACAACUUACAUCAUGAAGACGCUGUUGCUUUACGAGUGUGAAAAACAUCCAAGAGAAAUGGAAUGGGACGAAUCCUGCCUCGGUGACAGGAUCAACGGCAUUUUAUUGCAAUUGAUUUCGUGUUUGCAAUGCAGACGCUGUCCGCAUUACUUCCUGCCAUCGCUGGAUCUGUUCCGCGGCAAACCGCCCGCUUCGCUCGAAAGUGCGGCCAAACAGGCCUGGCGCCUAACUCGCGAACUCCUCACUAAUUCACGUUCAUUAGAGAAGCUUUGAAAAACCACCAAACAAAAAGAGGACCCCUCGGUAUGGAUGACGAACAAAACCAAACAAAUGAAGGCGGGGAUUGUAAUCAUAUUCUAUGUUUAAACAAAAAAAUAAAAAAUAGAUUCUGUUUCUUGUAGAUUAGGAUUAAUUGAUCGAUUUCAAAAGAAAAAGAGUGUCGCAAUUCACGGUGCUAAAAAAAGAAAAAUGUUAGAACUAGACGCUCGUCUUGCUCCCAGUUUGUAAUGCCCUAUAGAUUUGAUGAUUAUUAAACAAGACCAAAGUUCACACGAAUCGUCUUGCGCAAGAAAUGAUCGUUGCUUUUCAAUUUCAGCUGCUUUGUUUCUUGUUUUUUGGUUUUUUUUUGCUCUUUUGGUUAUUGACGUGCCGCACACAACAAAGAGAAAUAACGGACGUUUUACCCGGUGUAAAAAAAGAGAGAGAUCCCCCCAAAAAAAAACCGCAACAAAAGUUUCCUAUUUAUUUUGCUAUUAUUAUUUUCCUUGUGUGUCAAUCAAAAAAACAGAAAAAUUGAAUCCUAUAUUAUCACUUUUAGCUUGGCAAUAUGGGCCCGUUGCUGUAAAAAUAUUCAAUGUGUACAAGAAACUUGUUUCGACUCUGUUUUUUGUUUUUUGUCUCUUCUUUUUUGUUGUUGAAAAACUUGAAAUUUCACUAGACCAAAUAAUUUAAAGAAUUCUUUUUGAAAUAUUUAACACGCUUUACGCCUUUUUUUUUUUUUAUGGUUGUCAUGUGCACAUGAAUGUCUUCCGCUUUAAAUUCUUCGCAAUUCCGACUGUUCGGGAAACAUUUUAGUGGCCGGUAUUGAAGAAAUUAAAAUAAUCAAACAACAAUCACGCACGAAAUAAACGCUUUUAAAAAUGAA